AUGGCAUCAGAGCUGGCAAUGAGCAGCUCCGACCUGCCCACCAGUCCCCUGGCCAUGGAAUAUGUUAAUGACUUCGAUCUGAUGAAGUUUGAAGUGAAGAAGGAGCCGGUGGAGCCCGAUCGCAGCAUCAGCCAGUGCAGCCGCCUGAUCGCCGGGGGAUCCCUGUCUUCCACCCCGAUGAGCACGCCUUGCAGCUCGGUUCCCCCCUCUCCAAGCUUCUCGGCGCCCAGUCCGGGAUCGGGGAGCGAACAGAAGGCGCACCUGGAGGAUUUCUACUGGAUGACCGGCUACCAACAGCAGCUGAACCCCGAGGCUCUGGGUUUUAGCCCGGAGGACGCAGUCGAGGCGCUGAUCAGCAGCGGCCACCAGCUCCAGACCUUCGACGGCUAUGCGAGGGGGCAGCAGUUUGGCGGCGCGGCCGGGCCGGGAGGCGCCGUGCCCGGGGAGGAGAUGGGCUCGGCGGCCGCCGUGGUGUCGGCGGUCAUCGCGGCGGCGGCCGCUCAGAACGGGACUCCCCACCACCACCACCACCACCACCACCACCACCACUCGGGGGGACACCACCCCUCCUCCGGGUCCCAGUCCAACGGCGGCUCGGGGGUCGGCCACCAGCACAUGCGCUUGGACGACCGCUUUUCGGACGAGCAGCUGGUGAGCAUGUCGGUGCGCGAGCUGAACCGGCAGCUGCGCGGCGUGAGCAAGGAGGAGGUGAUCCGCCUGAAACAGAAGCGGAGGACGCUAAAGAACCGGGGCUACGCGCAGUCCUGCCGGUUCAAGCGGGUCCAGCAGCGGCACGUCCUGGAGGGCGAGAAGACGCAGCUGAUUCAGCAGGUGGACCACCUCAAGCAGGAGAUCUCCAGACUGGCCAGGGAGCGGGACGCCUACAAGGAGAAAUACGAGAAGCUGAUCAGCACCGGCUUCCGAGAAAACGGAUCCAGCAGCGACAACAACCCCUCGUCCCCCGAGUUCUUCAUGUGA